CGAUGAAUCAUUAAUCUUCAGAUUUCUUUCUCGCAUUAUUUCAGAUUAAUCGACUCAGAUCGGAGAAUUUCUUCUCCGGGAUUCUUCAAUCACCGGAUCCAGAUAUUUAUCAAUCAUAAGAAGAAGGAGGCAUGGCAACAAACGGAACAUGUCCGGAACCGAUGAAGGCGACAUCAAAUGGGAUUUUUCAAGGCGAAAAUCCGCUUGACUACGCCUUGCCUCUCGUCAUACUUCAGAUCUGUAUAGUCGUGGUGCUCACCCGCACUCUCUCCUUCUUCCUUCGCCCUCUCAGACAACCUCGUGUCAUCGCAGAGAUCGUCGGAGGUAUACUGCUUGGUCCAUCAGCACUCGGCAAAAGCUCUAAGUUUCGCGACACGAUCUUCCCACCAAGAAGCCUCACGGUCUUAGACACAGUAGCCAACUUAGGCCUCCUCUUCUUCCUCUUCCUUGUCGGCCUCGAACUCGACCCCAGAUCUCUCCGCCGUACCGGAAAAAAUGCCCUCUCCAUCGCCAUCGCCGGAAUGACCUUCCCAUUUGUCCUCGGCAUUGGCACCUCCUUCGCCCUCCGUCACACCAUCUCUGACGGCGUUGACAAUGCCCCUUUCCUCGUCUUCAUGGGGGUCGCUCUCUCCAUCACCGCCUUCCCCGUCUUGGCCCGUAUCCUCGCUGAGAUCAAGCUCUUGACCACUGACAUCGGCAAAAUCGCGUUGUCUGCCGCUGCGGUCAACGAUGUCGCCGCCUGGAUUCUUUUGGCGUUGGCUGUCGCUCUUUCCGGUGACAGCGACUCUCCCCUCACCUCUCUAUGGGUUUUCCUCUCGAGUUGCAUUUUCGUUAUUUUCUGCGUCUUUGUUGUAAGACCCGGGUUGAAGUGGAUGGCUAAACGCUGCCAUGAAGGCGAACCCGUUAAGGAACAAUACGUGUGUUGCACGUUAGCAGCGGUCCUGGCUGCAAGCUUUGUCACGGACGCGAUUGGGAUCCACGCAUUGUUCGGAGCAUUUGUUCUCGGUGUCAUUUUCCCGAAAGAAGGGAACUUCGCUAGUUCUCUCGUCGAGAAAGUGGAGGAUCUCGUGUCGGGUCUUUUCUUGCCGCUCUACUUUGUUUCGAGUGGGUUGAAGACCAAUGUCGCCACCAUCCAAGGAGCUCAGUCUUGGGGCCUCCUUGUUUUGGUUAUAUUCAACGCUUGUUUUGGCAAGAUUGUCGGUACGGUCGUGGUUUCAAUUUUCUGCAAGGUUCCGGUUGCAGAGUCACUGGCUCUCGGUUUCUUGAUGAACACUAAAGGCCUGGUCGAGCUCAUCGUCCUCAACAUCGGUAAAGACAGAGGGGUCUUAAACGAUCAGGUCUUUGCCAUAAUGGUCCUAAUGGCGAUCUUCACCACAUUCAUCACAACACCACUCGUCAUGGCGGUUUACAAACCGGCUAAGACCUUAUCCAAAGGCGAGUACAAGCACCGGACUGUAGAAAAAGCAAGCGAAUCCAAUGCACAACUCCGACUUCUCGUCUGUUACCACAGCAUAAUGAACAUCCCGACGAUUGUCAACCUAAUCGAAGCCUCUCGAGGUACGGACCGUGAAGAAGGUCUCUGCGUUUACGCAAUGCAUCUCAUGGAAUUGUCGGAAAGACCAUCCGCCAUUCUCAUGGUCCACAAGGCAGGGAAAAAUGGCCUUCCUUUCUGGAAGAAGGGUCUAUUCGGAAAUUCAUCAGACGUGAUCAUGGUAGCGUUCGAGGCGUUCCGGCAUCUCAGCCACGUUUCAGUACGACCCAUGACCGCAAUCUCGGGAAUGGCUACAAUCCAUGAAGAUAUCUGCCACAGCGCCGAACGCAAACGCGCCGCCAUGGUGAUCAUCCCUUUCCACAAGCAUGCAACGCUGGAUGGAACUUGGGAGACUACUCGAACCGAGUACCGAUCGAUUAACAAGAAGAUUAUCGAGCAUUCUCCGUGUUCAGUGGCGAUUUUAGUCGACCGUGGACUCGGCCGUACGACUCGCGUCUCGUCCAGCAAUUUCUCGUUGGUUAUAACCGUUUUGUUCUUCGGAGGGAACGAUGAUAGGGAAGCUCUUGCUUUCGCCUUGCGGAUGGCGGAGCAUCCCGGUAUAAGCCUAACUGUUCUCCAAUUCAUCCCCAUCCAUUUUCUUAAACCAGAAGAGGUGAAGCUCGAGAUAACCGAAGAUCGAAUCAUCGGUACAAGCGAAACUAAAUUGCGCGACGCUCAAGCAAUAUCGGAACUCAAGGCAAAGGUGAAGCAACGACAGGAGAGCAGUUCUGGUUCGGAUGCUGGUCCGAGUUCUGCCUCCUACUCUCAAAUCGUGUACGAGGAGAAGAUCGUUAAACGUUCGGAGGAUGUCGUGGAGAUUAUAAGGGAGUAUUCGAGAAGCAAUAUCUUCUUGGUGGGGAAGUCACCGGAUGGUCCGGUUCUGUCCGGUCUGAACAGGAUAAGUGACACGCCGGAGCUCGGACCGGUGGGGAAUAUGCUGACGUGGAACGAGGUUGUACGUACGCCGGCAUCGGUGUUGGUGGUGCAACAUUACGUUCCCGGCCGAGCUCCUCCGGUCACCGGAACUUCUGCAAGAGUGGCGGUGGCGGAGUUGCUGGACGAUGAUUCCGAGAGUUCUUAGGGAAUUUUGCCUUCCGAAGUUCAUUGGUGUUUAUGGAAUAAGGUCAAUGGUUGAGUAUGUGAUUGUUUAUUUAUCAAUGUGAAUAAUAAUUGUAA